AUGACAAACACUCUCUCCGCCGCCGAGUUGGCCAUCUACAUCAUCCUUGCAAUUCCUACAGUGUAUCUUCUUGCUAAACAUGGACGUCAAGGCUUGCUGGGAUGGCUAUUUCUCUCUAUUUUUUGCUCUCUCCGAAUCAUUGGCAGUGCUUUGGGAUUGAGAGACUCCAGCCCUACCGCCAGCCUUAUAUCAAGUGUCGGGUUGUCCCCUUUGUUACUUACAGCAAAUGGGAUUUUGCAUGAAGCGCGUAUAUAUCGUGUUGCUGGACUUGAUCAAAAACUCGAAUGGACCUUCGCGCUGGUUUAUCAUAUUGUUGUCGUCGGCGGCGUUGCGCUCACUGCCGCAGGGUCGGCGAAGCUCCAAUCACACGAAGAACCAAUUGACAAAGCGGAAAAGAUUGUCAAAGCUGGCAUUGCUAUUCUGACAGUGUGCUGGGUGGCUUUGGUUGCUGCGACGGGGCUCACAUUUGCCGUUCCCGCGAGAAAGAGUGUUGCCGGACGUGCAGGGACUACGCUACUCUGGGCUCUUGGUGUUGCAUUGGUAUUCAUUGGCAUCCGUGUCUUCUACAGCCUUGUCUAUCUGUGCACCCAGAACCAGUCGCUUAAUCCCACGACAGGUUCUCUCACUGUCCGAGUGAUAUUGGGCUUUUUAUCAGAGCUGAUUGCUGUUCUUGUCUUCAUUGGAUCUGGAUUUAUGACGAAAGGUGCAUCGAAGCAAGCCCAUGAGCAGAUUGACAUGUUGCCGAUCUCUCAAAAUUCCCACUAG